UUGACAAGUGAAGUGUCCACAAACUGGCAGCACAGAGAACCUGAAGCAAUAUAAGAUAAAUUUGUGAAAACUGGCUUCCAGGAAAUAGCAACAGCAAUGAGUGAGAAGACAUCUCCUAGGAAAAGACCAGCAGAUGACAGUGAUGAGGAGGAAUGGAUUGGACCACUGCCUUCUGAAGCUGCCAAGCCGAAAAAGAAAAAAGUUCUCCCAUUCGAAUCGCUCUACAUUGAAAAUCUUCCCAAUGCGGAGAGUUAUGAAAAAAGUUACAUGCAUCGAGAUGCAAUCACUCAUCUAGUUACCACCAAAACGGAUUUCCUCGUCACUGCUAGUGUCGAUGGUCAUAUCAAAUUUUGGAAAAAGAUGGAGGAUGGCAUUGAAUUCGUUAAGCAUUUUCGAAGCCAUUUGGCUCCUAUUACCUGGCUUUCGACCAACUCCAAUGGCACCCUACUUUGUACAGCUUCGGCGGACAAGAGCAUGAAAAUAUUCGAUGUUAUUAACUUCGACAUGAUUAAUAUGAUAAAACUGGAUUUCGUUCCUGGUUGCGCAGAGUGGAUUCAUUCUCCGGGCGAUGCUAUUUCAGCACUAGCGGUGGCGGACAAAAAUUCCCCGAAAAUUUAUAUUUACGACGGGCAAGGGACGAACACUCCCCUACAUGUUCUGGAAAAGCUGCAUACAACUCCUGUGCUGGCAAUGAAAUACAAUGUUACCUUUGAUAUAGUACUUUCAGUUGACCGUGUAGGAAUCCUCGAAUACUGGAUGGGCGCGAGAAAUGAUUACAAGUUCCCGUCGAAAAUAGUCUCAUUCGAAUCGAAAUUGGAUACAGAUUUGUACGAAUUCGCAAAACAAAAGACGAUAGUUACCGGGCUUGCUAUAACAAAUGAUGGCAAGAGAUUUGCCACACUGUCGACUGAUAGGAAAGUACGGGUAUUCUCACUUUUAUCAGGAAAGCUGAUACGCGUGUAUGACGAAACGUUGGCGAGGUAUACCGAACUUCAACAGACAACACAAGCGCUACCAAACAUGGACUUCGGAAGAAGAAUGGCAAACGAACGGGAUCUAGAAAAGUCCGAAUCAUUCGCUUAUAACAACGUUCUCUUCGACUACAGUGGUCAUUUCCUACUCUAUCCAACAAUGCUUGGUAUCAAGCUCGUGAACAUUGAAACGAACAAAUGCAUAAAAAUUCUCGGGAAAAGUGAUAACUUGAGACCUCUCAAUAUUGCCCUAUUUCAGGGUCGCGCUCGAAAAUCCAAGGCAGCUAUCACGCUUGAACACGAAGCUUCGGAGAAUCCAACUCUGCAGUCUGUAUCCAGCGAUCCAACUGUAUUUUGUACUGCUUAUAAAAAACAACGUUUCUACCUCUACAGCAGGCGUCUUCCUUCAGAUCUUCAAGAUAUUGAUCGAGACAUAUUCAAUGAGAAACCUUCCAAAGAAGAUAUUAUUGCGGUACCUGAAGGACAAGAUGAAGGCGUUCAACGGAUUUAUGAGAAAGCCAUCAUUCACACAACAAUGGGCGAUAUUCAUAUGAAACUUUUUGCGAAAGAGUGUCCAAAAACGGUGGAAAACUUCUGCGUGCAUAGCAAAAAUGGAUAUUAUAACGGACACAUCUUCCACAGAGUUAUUAAAGGAUUCAUGGUCCAAACUGGAGAUCCAACGGGCACUGGAACGGGAGGUCAAUCGAUCUGGGGGCAUGAUUUCAAAGAUGAGUUUGUUUCCAACUUAAAACACGAUAGACCGUACACUGUCAGCAUGGCAAACGCCGGACCGAACACAAAUGGCAGCCAGUUUUUCAUCACCGUUUUACCAACACCUUGGUUGGAUAAUAAGCACACAAUCUUCGGAAGAGUUUUUAAGGGAAUGGAAGUUGUACAAAAUAUUUGUAAUGCCAAGACAAAUCCUAAAACCGAUAAGCCGUACGACGACAUUAAGAUUAUUUCUAUAUAUUUAAGUAAUUAAGUUUUUAAGUGAAUAAAGUAAGAAGAUUUUUUUGCUUAAUCGAAA